GCCGCCACCAACGCCAUUCCGCUUUUGAUUCAUUCAGUUCUCAGUUUUGUCGCCGCUAUAGCUUGGCGUUGUCGUCAGUUGAAUUUCUACCAGCAAAGCGUACGCGUGGCUAAACGGCAAUAACGCGCUCGACUUCGCCCGGCUCGACGACUAAACAACGUUAAGUUAAUUCGUUACACACUUUCGUUACUUUCGUCUGGCAUUUUGCAAAUUCGAUAACGAACCGAUAAAAAAAAAAAAACAUUCAUCUCUUGACAAUUCGGCAAUUGUCCGUCCCUCCAGCCGUGCGCGUUCAGAGCCAAUGCGGGCGUUGAAGAGUUGACCGAAUUUCAUGUGAUUUAAAACAAAAUUCAUUGCUCUUUACGAUUAUUUGAAAGCCUACAGUGACCCUGCGUCGCACAAAAGUGUCUUCCGAAAGCGAAAAAGUGUUUACGAAAAAGGAAUAUUUAAUUUCUCAAGCGCGCAGCAAAGUGAAAUGUGUAAAAGAGUAGGCGAGUAGUUGUAUUCAAACAAACAUACUUUCGAAAUAUGUAUGUAUGUGUGUUGAAAACAUCACGAGCUCGUCUGUAUUGAACUGAAAAAAAAAAAACGUAAAAAAAUUGUAAGAAAAAAGAAGAUUCCGAGCUUUCAUUCAUUCAACGGUAGCCACGGCAAGUGAGCAACAACGAAAUAAGUUAACAGUGUGUUAAAAUGUUAAACAGACAAUGGGCUGAUAACUCUCCGUGAUCAAACUCAUAUAAAAGAAGAUAAUAAAUAAAGAAAAAACUUGAAAUCAAAAAAUCAAACUUUUUCCAAAACUCAAAAACUCCAAAGUGUCGUGAAAACAGAACUUGAACGUGAAGUGAGACCGUUACCCCGUGAGCGCGCACGCAUGUGUGACAAUGUCUUUGUGCGCAUUUCCGCAAGUACGCAUUUACGAGGACUUCGAUAAAAUGAGCGCCAAAGAGGUAUACUACAACGAAGCCGGCCGGAAGGUCACCGUCAAGCUGCUGCACUUCCCCGACGUGCCGCCCGAGGAGGUGGACAAUAUGAAGUUCGAUGAUGAUGAUGACGCGGAUAAAGGUAAUACAGAGUACGCUGAGGAGGCCUUCGAAGUAGACCACAGCAAUUGCGUGGAGUGUGCUGCACGCGUGGGUGGUUGUCGUCUUGGCGCGCCAUUAGCACCGAAUGGCAUCUUUCAACGGAAAAAUGCAAAAGAACGUGCUGAGCAGCACGAACCAGAGGAAGAGGAAGCGGAGUACAAUGAGGCGGAGGAAGAGGAUGUGGAUGAAGAGAGCGCUGAACGCGAGGCUGACGAACUCUCACGCCCAGACUCGCCCGCACAGGAUUUAGCCACACAUGGGCAUUCACAUCCACACCCAGUACCUUCCAGCAAAAAGAUGCUACGCAAAAAGUCCGCCAGCAAUCAGUCGCACAUGCAACGCAAAUAUAGUCACGCCUUUGCACAGGCACAUGGACUGCCCGCUUACGCGCCGCCCACAAUAAUGGUGCCACCACGUGAGCUACCGGGUUGUGCUAUGCGUCGUCAAUUGCAGCUGCAGCGUCGCUCGCCCUCACCGCAGCAACAGAACUUAUGUCCCGGUUAUACACAGUACUCCAUGUCCUUUCUGGAGGUGCCGCUGCCGCGCGAUUAUGGUUAUGCCUCGAGCGAUGAUUUGAGCUCCGAAUGGGACUCCGAUGUGCCAGCUACACGCGGCCAGACGCAAACGAAAAAGCCUUCUGGUUGGCGCAAAAUCCGCAACAUUGUGCAAUGGACGCCAUUUUUUCAAACAUACAAGAAACAACGUUAUCCUUGGGUCCAACUGGCCGGCCAUCAAGGCAAUUUCAAAGCCGGUCCCGAACAGGGCACCGUACUGAAGAAGCUCUGCCCGAAAGAGGAGGAUUGCUUUCGUGUACUCAUGAAGGAUGUAUUGCGUCCGUAUGUGCCGGAGUACAGGGGUCAGGUGACCAGCGAGGAUGGUGAAUUAUAUCUUCAACUGCAAGAUUUGCUUAGCGAUUUCAAUCAACCCUGUGUGAUGGAUUGUAAGAUCGGUGUACGCACCUAUCUCGAGGAGGAACUCUCCAAGGCUAAGGAGAAACCAAAGCUACGCAAAGAUAUGUAUGAAAAGAUGAUACAAAUCGAUCCGAAUGCGCCUAGCGAGGAUGAGCACAAGGCCAAGGGUGUGACGAAGCCACGUUACAUGGUCUGGCGUGAGACGAUUUCGAGUACGUCCACACUCGGUUUUCGCAUAGAGGGCAUCAAAAAAAGCGAUGGCACCAGCACGAAGGACUUUAAGACCACAAAAUCACGUCAGCAAAUCAAGCAGGCCUUUCGGGAGUUCGUUAACGGUUUUCAGCAUGCUAUGCCCCGUUACAUUCAACGCCUCCAAGCCAUUCGUGCCACACUCGAAUGCUCCGACUUCUUUCGCACACACGAAGUGAUCGGCAGUUCGCUGCUCUUCGUACACGAUCACUAUCAAGCCAGCGUUUGGCUUAUCGAUUUCGCCAAGACCGUCGGUUUGCCUGAGAAUCAACAAAUCGACCACAGCAGCACCUGGACGGUGGGCAAUCACGAGGAUGGCUAUUUGAUUGGCAUAAAUAAUUUACUAGAGAUUUUCACCGAACUCGAGUCGGAAAUGGUGGUCGAAGCUGCACUCACACCAUCAUCGGCUUCGUCCUCCUCGGCCUCGCUGUCGCCGAAACGGGGUGUGAGUGAGUCGCAGUCGGAAGAGUUGCCCUCCUGCAGCCGCCUGAAGGAGGCUGAAGUGGUGUUGGAGGCGAUUAAGCCAGCCAAGAAGGUGUUGCUUGCGGCAAGUGUGCCCAUGGGGGCUGCUGCCAACGAAGUGGUUAAGGAGGCAAGUCCGUCAAAGGAGGAGAAAGAAUGCGAAAAGGAGGCGCAGGACGAACCUUAAUUGGGUGAACCUUCCAAGUGGGCAUCAUGAGUUGGCCCUUCGAUGCUGGGCAGAUCAGCAGAUCAGCGAGAGCAAGAUUAUUAAAGCAUUUUUAUGAGAGAAAAAUAUUUUUUUUAGUUUUAGCCUGAAAUUCAAUUACUCGUAAGCACGCAAGACUGAACACAUAUAUAGUAAUUUAUUGAGUUACAUACAUACAUACAAACAUGUAUUUUAUAUUGAUAAGCCUCUACACAUAUAUAAACAAGCAUACAUAUGUAAUACAAAAUACAUACAUAUCUAUGUAAGCACAAGAAAUGUGUGGAGAAAAUGUGGAAGAAAUUAAAAAAAUAAAAACUAAAAAAAAACACUAACAAAAACAGACAAACAUAAAAUCAAUUAUGUGAACCGCCACACACGCAAACUGUUUCACAUUGGAAACUUCGCACAACCCUUCUAGAAGAGAAUUAAAAAUAAAUAUAUUUCGCUUUAGAUAAACUCACAAGCAAUGCUCUCUUCAGAUAUGUUUUGAAGAGAGAUAUAAAAAGUUUGCUAAUAGUUAUAAAUUAAAUUGUAUUACCGUUAUUUUUAAUUGUAAAUUUAAGUCAGCGAUCACUCAAAGCGUUUAAUUUUACUUAUUUUUUUUGUUGUUUUUAGAUUCAAAACUCACAUAUAUACAUUAUACAUAAAUAUUCACAUACAUAUUGACAUAAAUAAAUAGUAAUGUACGCGUUAUGUGCACAUCAUCACUAGUUACUCUUUUAAGAUAUAACUGUAAAAUUUUUAACGAGGCAAUAAAUUUAUGUAAUUAAA